UUUCACUCGCUCUUUGUUUCGAUCACCUUGAGCUCAAAAUAUUUCCACAGACAGACCACUAAAAUAAAAAAUGUCGAAAUGGUGGCGCACCGCCGUAACCACCCUAAACAAAGCAUCAAAGUCGUACCACACAAUACAAGCAAUCCCAAGAGAAAUAACCGGACACCGAGUUUCCAUCAAAGAUAGAGCCCAAGGUCGUAUCCCCGCCGUCGUUUUCUCACAACCUGACACCGGUGGUAAUCCGGCGAGGUCUGUUUCAAGAAAACACUUACUCACUACUGAAAAAAAACAGAUUCAAGCUAUUCUUAACUCCGUCGACCUUCCUUUUUUCUGUUCCACCACUUUCCCGUUACAGAUCCGGGCCGGGUCGGGUUCUUCUACUUUACUUGAAUCCGGAAAUGUUCUUCCUAUUAAGGUGCAUAGAGACCCAGAGACAGGAAAGCUGUUAAAUUUAGUGUUUGUUUGGGCGGAUGAAGGAACGGAGCUGCAGGUUGAUGUGCCCGUUGUUUUCAAAGGUGAAGAUGUUUGCCCUGGUAUCAAGAAAGGUGGUUUUUUGAACAAGAUAAGAACUAGUUUGAAGUACAAAUGCCCAUCAGAGCACAUUCCUCAGAAGAUUGAAGUUGACAUUAGCAACUUGGAUAUUGAAGAUAAGGUGUUCAUGAAUGAUGUAAAGGUCCAUCCAUCUUUAAAGCUUCUAAGCAAAAAUGAAAAUUUGCCCGUUUGCAAAAUCGUUGCAGCUAAGGUUGAUUACUCGAUGUUUGAACAGUAGGUGCUUUAUGUGAUUCAGAAAAUUUCAAAUUGCCAGCAUGGUCUGGGUUUCUGAAAAGUUAGUUGCAUGUAAUGUUGCCUUAUCUCGAGAGAUUUUGUGCAAUAAAUUUGAAAUACUUUCCUAGCAAUUAAUAGAGAUGGUAGGACUGGUUCUCUCAUUUUGUAUCAAUGGUAUUUUAUUAACUAUUUUCCUGGGGAAGAUGAAAAGUUAUAAGAUGUGAUAGAAAUUGAAAAGAAAAA